ACACCGUUUAUUGACGGGCAGGGGGGAUUAGCGGUCCCGUCUUAUUAGCGUGCGAUCGUCAAAACGCAGUACCAAUGUAAACUAUACAGUCCUCGGUAGUCCUAUAUCGCUCUGUUUAUAACUUGGUGCUAAGUUGUUUCGGAGGCUUGUUUAAUAUAGUUUCUAGUCAAACUUGGACUUGUGAGCCAUAGAUAAUUAUGGCAAACGUAGCAACACAUCGACCUACUUCACCAAGGAAAUCAUCAAUGACAUGGUGGUCGAGGCAUGACCCCGUCAACAUGAUGCAAGGUCAUACUGAUCACUGGGUCAAAAUGAAACUCAAGUGCACAACAUUUGAGGUCGCUGUACCGUCAGGAAAGAUUGUCAGCCACGCAGACCGCCAUGCGCCAAUGGUACCGAAAGGAGAGGGUCUAGCGACCUUCCAGUACACCGAAAGCGGCACUCUUUCCAGAGUUAAAGAUCCUACAUUCAAUUCGAUGCUGAUCCGGAAAAUGUCGGGAAACCUUCCGGGCUCUUACGAUCUUCACCGACCUAAGUUGAGCAGCAGAUCCGAAUCGCACGGAACCACGUUUAAUCAACGCGCUAAAGACGGCUUCAACUACUGGCAAAUUGAUAGACCCAAACCUACAUCAUUCGGCAGAUACGGAAUUGGAUCAGCGAACACAAUCUUGGGAAUAGGAAACGCUUCUCGAACAUAGAAUACCAAAUCAAGCCAAAGAAGAAUAAACAUAAAUGUGCCAUCAAACCCAGCAAAGUUAAAUAAUUUAUACGAUUUGUUAUAAUUUAUUCACCGUCCCUUUAAAUGUUCACAUCAAUGCUGCAACGAAAUGAUAAAAGUCUGAAGGCCGAUUUACCGGUAUAUGAGCCUUCAAGGCAGCUGCGACAUCAAGCCAAAAUUAAUGAUUGAAAAGAUGGCAAAGUUUGGACUGCACCUUCCUAUCAUUCUCCGCUUGGGAUUCAUUUCGUUGAAGAAAUAUCACAAUCAUCGGCAUUAAGCAUUCACCAGUGUGACACCAUUUGCUUUUUUCUUGCUGUUCUUUCCUUGUUUGUAAAGACUGACAAGGGUUGAUUUUUUAAAUCAUUUUUGAUGAUUUUUUAAAGAUGUGUUUUCAGUAUUAUAAUUGUCCCGUGUGUCUGAGCUAUUCGUCUAAUAAGAGAGGCUUGCUUUACCGAUAAUCCUUAUUAUGAGACUGUUUUGAUAUUUAAUAAUCAGGCAAAGGAUCUAGUGUAGGAACUAUAGGUCUGUUUUUGAUAUAUUCGGAUCCACAAAGAGGUUAAAUCCGUUUUGAAAUAUAUAGUAAUUCCAGGUGGAUUCUGGUUGUUUCUCCUUCGAGAUUGGUAUAUUCUUAUGAACGCAAACGCUUGAUUCAUAAAGACGAUGGAUCAUAAAAGUAAGGGCGAUUGAAAGAAAAAAAAGGAUAUAAAAGUCAACAAUAAUAUCAGUAAUAUUGAUAUUUGUAAAAGAUAUAUUUAUGCACAAUAUUCACCAUUUUCGGUUUUUGUCUCACAGGGCUUUUUAAAUUAAUAGAAAUUUGAGAUUCUCUUCCUUUAAUAACUCAUUAAAUAGGUGAAAAUAGUGUGUGCUGUUUAUAUGCGUUUUAACAUUCCAAUGACGCUUUUUGAUGUGUGCUAUGUAUAUUCUUCUCUACCAAGCAAUUAUUAGAUGACAGUAUAUUGAAUCUUAUAGAAAACAAAAAUCUGCAGUAAUUUAAGAGUGAUAUUCUUGGUAAAAUACAUGUAAUCUUAUUUGAGAUUGGACAGACUCAAUUGAUAAAGUAUUACUAUCUAACUGCAGCUGACUCUAUUACUAGUAUUUCAUUUCACUUAUGUUAAUUUAAUUAUGAUAUUUGCUUUGAUUGUGCUCAGAAAGCCUUCAUUUAUUGUGAUUUUUGUUUGUAAUUUUGUAUAAAGUUAUAUUUUUGCCAAUUUGAGUGAUUCUACAUACAAUGUGAUGUGAUGACAAUUCAUGAUUUGUCCAAAUUAAGUGUAUAAUGUAUUACAUGUAUCAGUUCUCUGUUUUGUUUUGUGCACAGACUAAUUAAAUGAUUUAUCAAUUUUGAA